AGACAAUCGUAAUACUGCUCUCAGUAACAUACGAUUUGAAUGCAUCAUUUUAUAUUUAUUUAUAUUGUCUAAGAUAGUGAUUAUUUUGUGAUUCGGGACUCGGUACUCCAUGUAGAUUCUAUACAAAAGCACACAUAAUGGGUCUUUUUUUGUCUGAGCUUGUAGCGAUUGAUGUCCUUUUUGUAUUGGCUGCUUCUAUUUUGGCUAUCUGGAUAUAUUUUCAGCACACUUACCAGUACUGGGAAAGGAAAGGAGUACCAUAUCUCAAACCUACGUUUCCCUAUGGAAAUGUCAAGGUCAUAUUUAAGAAAACACUUCAUACGACGACCGAUGCCAAAACGUGGUACGACGAACUUAAAAUUAAAGGUCACAAAUUUGGAGGAGUAUACACAUUUUCACGUAGGCGUUUGGUUCUGGUAGAUCCGGAAUACAUAAAGGACGUUCUAACAAAAGACUUCAAUCAUUUUAUAGAUAGAAACGAUCAUGUCGACGAAAAGAACAAUCCCAAAGGUGCGCACCUUUUUAACAUCCGAAAUCCAGGCUGGAAGCCGCUCAGGCAGAAACUGACCCCCACCUUCACAUCUGGAAAAAUGAAAAUGAUGUUCAAUAGUGUGUUGGAAUGCAGCAAUUAUAUGAUCGAUUUCAUGAAAAAAGAUGUUCAAGAUGGUCAGGAUAUCGAUUCCAGGGAAAUUAUGGCUGCCUUCACCACCGAUGUGAUAGGGAGUGUAGCUUUUGGUGUGGAAUGUAACAGUUUUGACAACUCGAAGCCAGAAUUUUUAAACAUGGGCAGACGUCUAUUGGAUGGUGGUAAAUUUAGCAGUUUGUUGAUAUUUAUCGCGAGUAUUUGUCCAGGUAUUGGUAAAACACUUGGUGCCUUAGCAAAAGAUAGUUUGCCAAAAGCAUUUUUCACCGAGGUAGUGCGUAGCACGCUGGAAUAUCGGAAGAACAACAAGGUGAGGAGACCAGAUUUCCUUCAACUUCUUCUGGAUAUGCAUGAAGAACCAACUGAUAGUGAGAAAUACGUCAAUUUUAACCAAAUAGUAGCCAACACCAUCUUGUUCUUUAUAGCAGGAUUUGAUACAUCCUCAACAACAAUGAAUUUUACUCUCUACGAAUUAGCUCGUAAUCCACAGAUUCAGGAGAAAACUAGGGAUGAAAUUAACACAGUUUUAGCCAAAUAUCAAGGCAAAAUCACUUACGAAGCACUUCAAGAAAUGACGUACUUACAACAAGUUAUAGACGAAACAUUGAGAUUAUGGCCUCCACUAAUAUCCUUAGAAAGGAUUUGUACCAAGGACUACACACUUAGAGAUACGAAUAUUGUUAUAGAAAAAGGUACUGCAAUUGAAAUUUCACCUUUGGGGUUAGGCAGGGACCCGGAAUAUUUUCCUAACCCGGAAAAAUUCGACCCAGAAAGGUUUACUGCAGAGGAAAAGUUAAAAAGGCACCCUUACGUCCACAUUCCUUUUGGUGAAGGACCCAGGAAUUGUAUAGGGUUGAGAUUUGGUCUUAUGCAGUCCAGGAUCGGCAUUAUUCGAGUUUUGACUAAUUUCAAACUGAGUAUCAGUUCAAAAACGAAAAUGCCUCUUACGGUCAGUUCACAAUAUUUUUUGUUAAAAUCCAAUGAGAAACUGUACUUAAGGGCGGAAAGAAUAUAAAGUUAUUCAAAAUAUACCAUAUUUUAAUACAUUGAUUAGAUAAAUUGUUAACUAAAAUAUGUUUAAAUACUAAAUGAAAAUCUGAUGCUACAAAAAGCCUAUUAGAAUAUUAUUAUUUUUAUUAUACAUUUUUAAAUAUAAUAUUUUUGUAAUAGAAAAUAAAGAUA